AUGAUGCUAACAUGUAAACACUGGUCACAUGAUGCUAACACUUUGGUCUCUGUGGCAGGGUACGUGGUCCUGGGCGUGUCUCGUCUGCGCUCCAGUGAGGUGCGCCCCCUGGAGGCCUCUGUCUCUAACGACGUCACCGUGCACCGGAACUACGUGUCUGACUCCGCCCACCUGUUCCUGCUCUACUUCCUGCAGCUGGGCGUCAUGGCGACAUACCUGAGCCAGGACCAGCUCAAACUGGUGCCGCUGCUCACCGUGCUCUUCUGCCUCGGACGGCUGGUGUACUGGGUCGCCGCCGCCUUCCAGAGCAGUGUCCGGGCGUUUGGCUUCGGCCUCUGCUUCCUCCCGUCCCUCGUCAUGAUGGCCGCCAACCUCUACUUCCUGGUGACAAUGGAGAUGGGAGCUGGAGCGUUUGUCCCGCCUCAGACAGAGCAGGCCCCGCCACCCGGACGCCAACGCUUCUGGGGCUGA